AUGGUUCAAAAAAAUGUUUUGAAAUUAGAAAAAGAUGUUAUUGCAGCUGUUAACAAUAAAUAAGUGGAUCCUUAAAGCAUCUACUAAAAACUUAAAUAAUUAACCACAAGAAUUGGAGAUAAUGAAGGCGAACUAAUUUAAUCUAUAAAAGUCAUGCAAAAAUUGAAUUAAGAAAUAAUAGGACUUUCGACUCCUUCCUAACAUAGAAAAACUAGUUCUCACUAAAAUACAAGUCAUAGAUAUACGAAUACAAGUAAUUAUGUGAAAAAUAUUGAAAAAAGUGAUUAAAGUAUUGGAGCCAUGCCUUAAGAAUUAAAAAUUUAUAAAAAGUUUUUAUGA